AUGGGUGGACUCACAAAUAAUCACGUCACCGUGGGGAUCGUGGGAGGAGGUGUGGCAGGUCUCGCCCUCGCCAGGAUGCUUGAGCUAUCGGGGAUCUCGUAUCGCCUAUGGGAGGCUCAUCGACGGUUCGCACCGCCCGCUGGUGCAAGUGUCGGAGUAUUGCCCAACGGUCUACGGAUCUUGGAUCAACUGGGCAUGAUUGAUUCCAUCAACAAGUACAAUGUCAAGCGCCAGGUGUGGGAACAUCGCGAUGCUGAUGGGAGACUCCAUGCGAGCUUCAAUCCCGGUGCUGUGAUGGAGGAAAAGCUCGGAUAUGGUGGUGUAUUGAUGGAGAGGCACCGAUUACUCCAGAUCAUGCACGAAAGUAUCCAGGACAAGACCAAGCUUUGCUCUUCAAAAAGAGUAUCAUCUGUCUCACAGACAGAAAGCGAGGCAAAGAUUAUCGCCGAGGAUGGAAGUCAACUCACCUGCGACAUUCUUGCUGGCGCAGAUGGCGUCAGAUCGGUUGUUCGCCGGGAAAUGGAGAAAGACUCGCCAAAGUCGAUCAACCCCGAAUCCCGAUUUGAGCCUCGUUUUGUUUGUGUUUGGGGUAUCUCCGACCCGGUUACCACCAUUGGAUCAGGUCGUUCUUUCACCAUUUAUCGGCCGGAGGUGUCAUUGCUUGUAUUCAGUGGCCACGGCGGGGUUACGUCCUGGUUUGUCACGCGGGAGCUUAAACCUGGUGAAGCUUACCAGCGAUACUCGGAGCAAGAAAGUGAAGCACUUUGUCAGCAGGUUGCCGGUCUCACCGUCACGGAUGGGACAAUCUUUGACGAGAUUUUUAAAAAGCGACGGUUUACUAUCAUGACAGCUUUGGAAGAGGGUGUUGCGGAGCGAUUCUUUUCCGGUCGGCUCGUUUUGCUAGGAGACUCGGCACACAAGAUGGUCCCUCACGGGGCAAUGGGCGCGAACCAGGCUCUCGAGUCCGCAGCAGCACUGAUCAAUCUUUUGCGGCCACUCGUGUCGCAAGAAAACGAUGGUCCAACGCGAGGAGGCCUGUCACUGCCACAAGUGGAAAGUCUUUUGAAUCAAUACGAUCAGCGGCGUCGGGGUCGAGCAACGGCUGUGCUUCGAGCGUCUGGUCACGGUUGUCGUGCACAUCUAAAGAUAGGACUUGAAAGUGAGCUCUAUUGGUCCAACUUACAUAAUAUGACGAGCUCGGAGGGAAUCGCGAAGAUGCUCGCUUCAAUGUGUAGCGCUGAGAGGCUCAAUGAUUGGCACUUGGGAAGUCCAAAUGUCGAGACGUAUACGUCCUUUGCGCGGACUCAAUGA